AUGACUAAGUUAUUGGAUAUGGUAGAAAGUAAAAAUUUACCGUGGGUAGAAAAAUACAGACCCGAUACACUUGAUGAUUUAGUUUCACACAAAGAAAUAGUUAAUACAUUGACCAAAUUGAUAGAUGAUAAAAAACUUCCACAUUUAUUAUUUUAUGGGCCACCAGGAACUGGUAAAACAUCUACAAUUCUAGCUGCAGCUAAACGAAUAUAUCCUUCACAAAAAUAUUUACAAACUAUGGUAUUAGAGUUAAAUGCUUCUGAUGAUCGUGGUAUUGGUGUUGUAAGAGAUGAGAUAAUAAAUUUUGCACAAACAAAAACAUUACACUCAAUUGAAUCUAAAAAAUCUGAACAAUAUUUUAAACUUGUAAUAUUAGAUGAAGCUGAUGCUAUGACAAAAGAAGCUCAGGGUGCAUUAAGAAGAGUUAUAGAGAAAUUUACUGACAAUGUUAGAUUUUGUAUUAUAUGUAAUUAUCUAUCUAAAAUUAUACCAGCUAUACAAUCUAGAUGUACAAGAUUUCGUUUUACCCCUGUUGAUCCAUCAUUAAUUGGAUGUAGACUUCGAUUGAUUGUAAAACAAGAGAAAGUUGAUAUUGAUGAUGAUGGUGAGAAAGCCCUAAUGAAUUUAUGUGGUGGAGAUAUGAGAAGAGUUCUUAAUAUUUUACAAAGUACUCAUUUGGCAUUUGGUAAAGUUACUGAAGAUAAUGUUUAUAAUUGUGUAGGACAACCAAAUCCAAAACUUAUUGAAAAUAUGUUGAAAAUCUUAAUGAAUGAUGAUCUUAACAAAGGAUUUAAAGCAAUUAAUGAAAUCCUUUUAAAUCGAGGUUUUGCAUUAACUGAUCUUAUUGGUGGAAUGUUAGAUCUUCUUUUAAGAUUGGAAUUAGCUCAAGAUAUUAUUGCUCAUCUCAUUGAACAAAUCGCCAUUAUCGAUAAAAGAUUAACACAAGGAUCUGAUGAAAAAGUGCAACUUGCAGCUUUGGUAUCAUUAUUUUAUGAAACAAGAGUAGAAAAGUUAAAGGUUUAA